AUGCCACCGCCGCUCAAGGGCGUCCGCGUCCUCGACCUCACUCGCGUCCUCGCGGGGCCGUACGCGACGAUGAUGCUGGCCGACUUGGGCGCAGAGGUGAUCAAGGUCGAGCGACCUCAGGGAGGAGACGACACUCGCGCGUGGAUCCCUCCCAGCGCGCCGCUCAUCGAGACACCCCCACCGCCCCCUCCCUCUCCCACCUCCUCGACUCCCCAGAUCCAGCCCGACAACUGGAACGACCUCCCUCCCGAGUCGGCGUACUUCUUGCAAGCGAACCGCGGGAAGAGGAGUCUGGGACUAGAUUUCAAGAAGGAGGAGGGGAAGGAGGUGUUGAGAGAGUUGGUCAGGAGGGCGGAUGUGUUGGUGGAGAAUUACGUACCGGGUAAACUCGCCGAAAUGGGUUUCAGCUACGAGCACUGCAAAGCGCUCAACCCGCGCCUCAUCUACGCCUCCAUCUCCGGAUACGGCCAGACGGGUCCGUUCGCGCAGAACCCGGGUUACGACGUCGUCAUUGAGGCAGAGGCCGGCUUGAUGCACAUCACGGGCGAGCCAACCGGUCCGCCCGUCAAAGUCGGCGUCGCCAUCACCGACCUAACGACCGGCCUGUACGCCAAAUCCGCCAUCCUCGCCGCCCUCCUCUCGCGCGCACAAACCGGCUCAGGCGUCCACAUCGACGCGAACCUCUUCGACUCGCAGAUCGCUUCGCUGGCGAAUAUUGCGAGUAAUUAUUUGAUUGCGGGGAGGGAGGCGACGAGGCAGGGGACUGCGCAUCCGAGUAUCGUCCCGUAUCAGGUCUUUCCGACGCAGGAUGGGUUCAUCAUGAUCGCAGCAGGGAACGACUCGCAAUUCAAGAAGUUCUCGGCGCUCGUCGGCCAACCCUCCUGGUCCGACUCUCCCCAAUUCUCAACCAACUCCUCCCGCGUCGCCAACCGCUCGACCCUCAUCCCCCUAAUCGAAACCGCCCUCUCGUCCCACCCAACCUCUCACUGGCUCAAGCUCUUCAAGGGCAAGGGAUUCCCCUUUGCGCCUGUGAACGAUAUCAAGGGGACUUUUGAGCAUCCUCAGACGAGGGAGAGGGAUUUGGUGAGGGAGAUCGAGCACCCGAGGGCGGGGAGGAUCAAGUUGGUUGCGCCUGCGGUGCAGUACAACGGCAAACGGAUGGAAUUCACGCGCCCGCCGCCCGUGUUGAGGCAACAUACGGUCGAGGUCUUGCGCGAGUUGGGGUAUAGCGACGAGAAGAUUGCGACGCUGCAGCAAAAGGGCGUCGUCUGA